CAGAGGCGCAUAGUUUCAGUCUCAGGUUGUUAACCAGUGGCGGACAGACGGAGAACCAGCAGCUGAAGAUUUAAUAUUCACACAUCCAGCUGACACACGAGCCGCAGGCAGAAUGUGGCGUUCAGCCGUUCUGUUAUUGGCUGCCAGCUUGUCGGUGAGCCUGGCCAGACCCCAUUUCCAAGCACUGUCCAGUGAGAUGAUCAACUACAUCAAUAAGGUCAACACUACCUGGAAGGCCGGUCACAACUUCCAUAAUGUGGACUACGAUUACAUCAAGAGGCUCUGCGGUACCAUGCUGAAUGGACCGAAGCUGCCAGUCAUGGUUCAGUUUGCUGGAGACCUGGAGCUGCCGGCCAACUUUGACUGCAGGGAGCAGUGGCCCAACUGUCCCACUCUGAAGGAGAUCCGGGACCAGGGCUCCUGUGGAUCCUGCUGGGCAUUUGGUGCUGUGGAGGCCAUCUCUGACCGAGUGUGUAUCCACAGCAAUGCCGAGGUCAGCGUGGAGAUCUCCUCCGAGGAUCUGCUGUCCUGCUGCGAGAGCUGCGGCAUGGGCUGUAAUGGCGGCUACCCUGCAGCUGCCUGGGUCUUCUGGACCUCUGAGGGGCUGGUCUCUGGCGGCCUCUACGACUCCCACAUUGGCUGCCGGCCCUACACCAUCCCCCCCUGUGAGCACCACGUGAAUGGCAGCAGGCCGUCCUGCACCGGGGAGAGUGGACACACACCUAAGUGCAUCUCCCGGUGUGAACCUGGAUACACACCAAGCUACAAAGUGGACAAGCACUUUGGUAAAACGUCUUACAGCGUGCUGUCAGAUGAGGCGCAGAUUCAGAGUGAUAUCUACAAGAAUGGGCCAGUAGAGGGCGCCUUCACCGUCUUUGAAGACUUUGUGCUGUACAAGUCUGGUGUGUACCAGCAUGUGUCUGGGUCUGUGUUGGGUGGCCACGCCAUCAAGAUCCUGGGCUGGGGAGUGGAGGACGGUGUUCACUACUGGCUCUGUGCCAACUCCUGGAACACUGACUGGGGUGAUAAUGGAUUCUUUAAGAUCCUGCGAGGAUCGAAUCACUGUGGUAUCGAGUCUGAGAUCGUGGCUGGGAUUCCCAAAUAGAUUCUAAUAAGUUUUAACUUAAUCACUGGAGAGCGAUGCACUCAAAAUGCUGGCUUUUUUUUAAAGAAACAACUCGAGAGCAACCUUCACCUCAUCUAUUAGCAGAUAUAGUAUGUGCUUGAGCACAAAUCAGCAUUGUUUUAUUGAAGGUGUUUUUUUAUUGACUUUUUAUAAAAACAGCUUUUACAUUUUAUUCAAUAUUAUUUCUCAGUGCCACAAAUGCCACUACAUAAUGUUAGGAUGUACCCAUUGUGAUUGGUGCCUGUUAAGUUUUUUCUUUUUCUUUUAAGUACCGGAUGAGAAAUAUAAAUUUAUUUUUUAAGUAUACGGUUGCCAAUGGGAUGUUUUUAUUGUUUGCCUGUGUCGAUCAAAAUAUUUCUGUUCUGAGAAUAAAUAAAACCACAUGGAUCCCAA